CGCUCCUUCGACGACGUUCCCUUCCUGUCGGAUCGGUAGCUACGACAUGCUGAUCGGAAGCAACGACGGGAGCUCGCUCGCUGUGAAGUUAAAUUUCUCCCUUUCGCGCGCUUCUUCGGCCAAAUUCCGUAAUUCCGCCGAACUACAGGAUUUAGUAAAUCCGGGAUUUACGGAAAAAAGAGGGAAACGGAGGAUUUAUUCCGCCGUGAGAUUUACGGGACGCUCAAAUUCCGUAUUAUGGCAGGAUUUAGCAUAAAUCCUGUUGCCAAACAGCCACUUCAGAUCAAGAUUAUUUUGUACCAGCAAGAGCAGAGGCACGAUAAAAAAAACGAGAAUCAGCAUUUCCAUCCCUUCAACUUCAGGAAAUUGCUUGGCAAUGAAGUGGAAGCUCCCAGUGGCCAAAGAAAGAAACGAAAUAAAAGAUGUGAUAGAAGAGAGGUAGAGAAGAUAUCCAGCUUCAUUUUCUAUUCCUACUUGUAAGAGAACUGAAAAGCUUCUCUUUUUAUCAAUCCCUCUUGGAUAGUAGAAACAGAAAACACUUGAACAGUUAGAUAAUUCACUUGAUGGCUGUGUGGAAGCAGAAGAGAGCAUGGUGCUGGCUUCUAUUUCUCUUCUUGCUCUCCUGGAACCUGAUUUUGGAACCUAAGAUUGCUCAAGCUGAGAGAACACUCUUAUCUGAGAUGGAAAAUCAUAAUACGAGUACAUUUAAGGCAUAUAGACACCACUUUGCAAAAGCUUUUGGUCCUCUCUUUGAGCCCGGAGACUCCACCACUCGUGUUUGGCCUGACAUGGAGUUUGGCUGGAGAGUUGUGCUUGGUUCAGUCAUUGGUUUUCUUGGUGCUGCUCUCGGUAGCAUUGGUGGAGUCGGGGGAGGCGGGAUCUUCGUUCCAAUGCUUACUUUGAUCAUUGGAUUUGAUCCAAAAACCUCCACCGCCAUCUCAAAGUGUAUGAUCAUGGGAGCUGCUGGAUCGACUGUAUACUACAAUCUGAGGUUGAGACAUCCUACAAUGGAUUUGCCUAUCAUUGAUUAUGACCUUGCUUUGUUGUUUCAGCCAAUGCUCAUGCUUGGGAUCAGCAUUGGUGUUGCCUUCAAUGUUAUGUUUCCAGAUUGGAUGGUUACUGUGCUACUUAUCAUUCUAUUCUUAGGUACCUCCACCAAAGCACUCUUUAAAGGCAUAGAAACAUGGAAGAAAGAAUCACUAAUGAAAAAGGAAGCAACAAAAAUGUUGGCCUCAUCAGCAAACUUGGAAGGUGCAGAACAGGAGUAUAGCCUAAUCCCAGGAGGUCCAGGUCCUAAUAUGCAGCUCAAAUCUUCCAUGGAUGAUGAGGUUCCAAUAAAGGAUAAUAUUUUCUGGAAGGAGCUCAUGGUUCUUAUGUUUGUGUGGGUGGCAUUCCUUGCUGUGCAGAUAGUUAAGACUUAUGCCACAACUUGCUCCGUCGAAUACUGGAUUCUGAAUGUCUUGCAGGUGCCCAUAGCUUUGUCAGUUACAAUCUAUGAAGCUGCAAGUCUAAUACAAGGGAGGAGAACAAUUGCCUCAAGAGGAAAGCAAAACAUAUGUUGGAAAGGACUUCAGCUUUUCCUUUACUGCUGCUUUGGGGUGUUAGCUGGGAUAGUUGGAGGUUUGCUUGGCCUUGGAGGAGGGUUCAUCUUGGGACCUUUAUUCCUUGAGAUGGGAGUGCCCCCUCAGGUUGCAAGUGCAACAUCAACAUUUGCAAUGACAUUUUCAUCAUCCAUGUCUGUCAUUCAAUACUACCUUCUCGAUCGUUUCCCUGUUCCAUAUGCUUCUUACUUCGUCUUUCUCGCCACGGUCGCGGCUUUCACCGGUCAACACAUUGUGAGGAAGCUUAUAGUACUACUUGGCCGGGCAUCUUUGAUCAUUUUCAUACUGGCGCUAACCAUCUUUGUUAGUGCUAUAAGCCUAGGUGGAGUUGGUAUAGCAAACAUGGUUGAGAAACUGGAUAGGAAAGAGCACAUGGGCUUUGAGAACCUCUGCUACCGGACAUAGAUAAUCAUGUUUCGAGAUGAAAGGAACUGCAAACCGAAAGAUUCAAAGUUUUGAUCUCAAGAGAAAGAGUCUUAAUCAACAAGACGUUCAGUUCACAGUAUCAGUAGUAGUUGUAGUUGGACAGCUUUCCUUCUAUAUAUCAUACUAGGUAAUGUUUUGUUCAUGGAAUACAAACGGUAACUGAUAGUUUGAAAUCAAUAUUAGUUCUACCAGAAACAAAAAAUAUCUUCAUGUUUUAAUAUAGCAUCUACUAGAACUUUUUUAAGACUGUUACAAUUUAAAAAAUAUCUAUCAACUUCUUUUUAUGGACUU